AUGAUUGCACGUUCCUAUGCAUUUGCCUUCACCUGGGCCUUACCACUACUUCAAGCUGGCGGCCUUCCACCCACAGAGAAACUUGAUAUCAAGACAACCUUCAAACCGUCCUCGUGUCCAAUCACUAGUCAGCAAGGUGAUCAACUCGCAAUGCUCUACGUAGGAACGCUGGCUUCGAAUGGCGUCCGAUUCGAUGCGACUGAGGAUCCCAGAAAUGCUUUCAAAUUCAAGCUCGGUGCUGGCGAGGUCAUCAAAGGAUGGGACCAGGGAUUGCUCGAGAUGUGCGUUGGCGAGAAAAGAAGGCUCAACAUACCAUCAGCUCUUGGAUAUGCUGAGUUUGGAAAUGAUUUAGGUUUGUCUUUCAAGUCCAAUCAUCUAAACCAGGUGCGUACCCUAACUGAUGCAGAGAAAAUGCUUCAACACCAGCCACGCCUGAAAUCCCUCCUGACGCCGAUUUGA